AUGAUCCCCAAACAAGUCGUACUCACCGUCGAUGUGUUCGACUCGUUUUACUUGGCUACGUUUAUGCAACGACUAGCGCCGACAACUUUAGCAGUGGUGAUGCUUGUCGACGUUGCCGAGUCCGUAAUUGAAUUGCGCGAUCUACACCAUAAAACAACGAAGAUUCUUGCGCGGAUCAAUGAAGCUCCUACCUCCAAGUCCAUCGAAAGAAACCGCACCAACGUUCUCGAAGCUGUUCGGAUUUUACUGCGGAAUAUGGAUGCCCAACAAGUGCAAAUGAGCGCGGAUUGUCGAGUUCGCUCGUGUAUAUCUCACCCAAAACUAUCUACCGAGAGCAACGCUUUGCUUGGAGUGUUGGACCGCUCCCUACAAGCCAGAUCAUCAGUCAUUCCUAACCGUUCUGAACAUCCGACUCCGCAUUUUUCGUCCGUAUUACCUCUCCCAGGUCGUAUCGCGACUGAUAAAUGGGCUGAGCGUGCUAAAACCGGGAAGGCAGGAAAGGACGCUUCUGCUACUACGGACUUGGACAAGAUACCACGUCGAUCAUCGGUAACGACAACUGCUACAGUUCUUGAGGAGUCGGCCGAGAUUCUUUUUACUUCCGAGUGUAUUGUGCUGACUGAGUACGUGGAGAUCAUCAUCCCUAUUAUCUACGGACUCUUCAUUCUGGUCACAGUUCACUUGCCUAGCGCAACGUAUCACAGCGAGAUGGAUGGUGUCAGUGUCGACAACGUCAGUGGGAUGGUUUCCCGAAUGUUUCUCCACGCGCUGUUGGAAGUUUUGUCACUUGUAGCUCUCGUUGUGAUCACAAAGCGAAAUUGUGGAAUUCAUGUGCUGUAUCAGCUAGCGUUCGUGCUAGAAACGGAAAUCGCGUUCGUGCCAUCCAAGCUGGUUUUAUGGAUACUUUACGCACUGACCUACAGAGUCACGCACUUCGGUACGUUGCUACGUAAUGCAUGGUCUUACACACUUGUAUUUUACACAUUCUAG